AAGUCAAAGCGUUUUAAAGUUAAACACUGGUCAGAUUUGCAAAAAAAUGGCCUGGUCCUUAAGGGGUUAAUCUAAAUGACCCAAAUAAAUCUGGGCACUGCUGCUGAUGUAUUGUACUGCAGGAAACCUCUGCCCUUGUGUGCCAGCUGCCGGAGAACUACAAAGCCAAGCACAUUCUGCCAUUCAAUUCUGCCGCCUCCUUAGAAGUCACGUGUGUGCGAUGACGUAAGCCCGGUCACAUGACCCUGAUGUCAUCAAGUGUCCUUUCAGCCCCCUGGAAGGCAGCCUGUAGUGUGGUGGCCGCGGCAGCCGGCGGUAUGGGCACCUGCUGAGAGGCGUGAUCCCCGGGGACGGAUUUUUUUUUUUCUCCUUUCCUCCUCCUCCUUUGUUCGGGGCAGCGCAGGAGACGCCGGCAGAGGGGGGAUGCAGGUGGGCAGUCUGCUCAUCGUGACUGCGGGCAUCUGCUGCACACAAAGCCUCCCUGCUCCCCGCACAGACAGCCCCUGAUUUGCGGGAGGCGACUGCCGCCCUCCCUCCCCGCUCCGGGCUAGCAGAGAAGCGGUGAUCCCGGGGAGGCCCCAUCGCGGCCUGUUAUCUCGCCCACAGCCGGGGAGAUGCAGCUGUGACCCGGCGGCGGCGGUGGUGAAGAUGGGAAUGCUGAGCCCGCACGGAGGGAGGAGAAGAGCAAGCUGCCGCCCGGAUCCGACCAGCUCCUCGCAUCAGUGCCAGCCCCGGGCUGCUCCUGGGAGCCCGGCUACUGUCAUCAGGGGCCCCGAAGGGCCACAGCGCUGUUCCAUCUGAGGAGCCCUGUGUAUAUAGACUUCAGCCUAGAGACCUGUGUGCAGAGGAGGGGGUCCAUUCAUUACUGCAGGAGUGGCCCCUCAGCAUGCCUUGGGUCCCAGUGAAUGGAUGCUGAUGAGGCUGUGAUGGCAGAGACAUUGGUGGGGCCCCUGUGAUUCCUCCUCCUUGUGACUCUGCUCCCGUCACCCUGUUAUUCCGUGUCUUGUCCGCUUGUCCUGAUUUCGGUGAGUUCCCCCCUCCCCUCCCCCCUGAGGCAUUUGUUCAAUGGAAGUAUGUUACCAGCUGCCGGUGCUGCCCCUGGACAGACCGGUGCCCAAGCAUGUCCUGAGCCGCCGCGGUGCCAUCAGCUUCAGCUCCAGCUCUGCCUUGUUCGGAUGUCCUAACCCCAGGCAGCUCUCUCAGAGACGUGGGGCUAUUUCGUAUGACAGCUCUGACCAAACCGCUUUGUACAUUCGUAUGCUAGGAGAUGUCAGAGUAAGAAGCAGAGCUGGGUUUGAAUCAGAAAGACGAGGCUCUCAUCCUUACAUUGAUUUUCGUAUUUUGCACUCACAUUCAGAAAUUGAAAUCUCCUUGUCUGCAAGAAACAUCCGGAGGCUGUUAAGUUUUCAACGGUACCUAAGGUCUUCCCGAUUUUUCCGGGGUGUCGCUGCACAGAAUUCAUUGUACAUCUUGGAUGAUGAUUACAAUGGACAAGCCAAGUGUAUGCUGGAAAAAGUUGGGAACUGGAACUUUGAUAUAUUUCUUUUUGAUAGAUUGACGAAUGGAAACAGUCUGGUUACCCUCACCUUUCACCUGUUGAGUCAUAAUGGUCUAAUAGAUCACUUCCACUUGGAUAUGGUGAAACUGCGUAGGUUUUUAGUUAUGGUUCAAGAAGACUACCACAGUCAGAACCCAUAUCACAAUGCAGUGCACGCUGCUGAUGUGACUCAGGCCAUGUACUGUUAUUUAAAAGAACCCAAGCUUGCCAAGUCUCUCACUCCAUGGGAUGUCCUGUUGGGUUUACUCGCAGCUGCAACACAUGAUCUGGACCAUCCCGGUGUGAAUCAGUCUUUUUUAAUAAAAACAAACCACUACUUAGCAACUUUAUACAAGAAUACCUCAGUAUUAGAAAACCACCACUGGAGGUCGGCAGUGGGCUUAUUGCGAGAGUCUGGUUUGUUUGCACACUUGGCUUUGGAGGAAAGGCUACACAUGGAAAGCCAGUUAGGAUCUAUUAUUCUUGCUACAGACAUCAGUCGACAAAAUGAAUACCUGUCGCAGUUCAGAACCCACCUGGAUCGGGGCGACUUAUGUCUGGAAAAUGCUGGGCAUCGCCAUUUUAUUCUGCAGAUGGCUUUAAAGUGUGCAGACAUCUGUAACCCGUGCCGGACUUGGGAGCUCAGCAAGCAAUGGAGUGAGAAAGUGACAGAAGAAUUCUUCUACCAAGGGGAUGUGGAGAGGAAAUGUAAUCUGGAGAUCAGUCCUCUGUGCGAUCGGAACACAUCAAACAUCUCCAACAUCCAGAUUGGGUUCAUCACCUACCUGGUGGAGCCGUUGUUUGUGGAGUGGGCCCGAUUCAGCAACACAAGGCUGUCGCAGACCAUGCUGGGCCACGUGGGACUGAAUAAAGCCAGCUGGAAGGGAAUGCUGCAGGAGCGGUCCAGUAGUGAAGAGGCCGACCCUGCCUUUGAUGACUGACCUAUACAUGUAUUUUUAUUUUUUUUUAACCUCAGGAAGACUGCACACCAUGAACCUAGAGUAUGCAUCACAACGGCUCAUUAGUGGUAUUUUUUAGCAAGUGAUCAGAAAAGGGUCUUGGUGCCAGAAUUUCUCCUGAUUGCCAAGGUUACGUAAAAAAAAAAAAAAACUAAUGCCAGCAUUAUUUCUCUCCAAUUCUCCUUUAACUUGCUCCAAUUUUUUUAUUUUCUUCUUUUUUUUUCUUUUCAUUUUUUUUAUACCCAGCCUGAACAUAGAGCAAUAUGCACAUACCUCAGUUGGUUUUGUUCUUUUCAAUGAAAGCUUGAAUAUGCAAAGCACAGCAACGACUGACUGAAAACUGCAGGAAGCUUUUCAUGUGCCACAGGUUUGGUGUUUUUUUUUUUUUUACAUUUUUAUUUUAAUUUUAUUUUUUCUGUUAAAGGAAACUUCUCCGUCUCAAAAUUUAUUCUAAUUGGAAGAUAUUUUUUCCAGCUACUGGUGGGAAUUUGCCAGAUUAAAGGACUUUGUGUUGACUUCUCGUUUGGAAAUGUGAAGUGCCCGCACUGCUCUGCUGCCUCGGCAAGAAAUGCUGUUUACAAAUCCACUGAAUAUACUGACUGACACUUGCCUUUAAGCAUGGUUGUGAAGGAGCCACUAACUGGAUCUUUUUUAUUUAUUUUAAUUUUUUUUGUAUGGUUAUUUAAGAAGAACAAAUGUUGACUGCAAUCCUUCCUCUCCCUCACACCACCACAUAACUUCGUUUGGGAACUUUCCACGUUUUGCAAUAUUUUCAGUAGCAUACAGCCAAGACUCCAACUCCUUAAUGGCUGGAAGAUUUGGCAGCAAUUUUUUUUUUUUUUUUUUUUUAAGGCAGAAUGCAAGGACACUGUCCCGAUUUGUUCUGCUAAGCUAUAGUGAAAUGCUUUGCAUGCUGUUUUUUUGUUUUUUUAAUUACCAUUUUCCACUACUGAACACUUGAACUGCACGGAAAAAGGUGGAAUUAAUGUAAACACCAUAUUCAGCUCAGGGUAUUUGCCAGUCUGAAAUAAAAGAGGGAAGGGAAUUUUUUUAUUUUUUUUUGGUUCGGACAAGGGUACAAAUGCCUUUUUUGCUGCAGUGUGCGUGUGAGUGACUGGAAUGAACCGCGUGUGAGUGUGUGCAUGCGAUUGGUUACCGGACUAUACCAUGGGUUUGGAAAGCCGCACACCAAACCUUUCGCUGGACGACAAAUUUCCUGACGUUUAAGGCUAGGUCUACACGACGACAUUUGUCGCACGGCACAUUUUUUAUAAUGGUAG